AUGACAAGACUUGCUCGGGAACGCUUCUCCCUCAGACAGAUGUCUCCCACCACUUUCAUGUCGAACAUAAAGUGCGCAUACCGAUUUUUAUACGAUUCUUGCCAUGCUUCUGGGAACAGGGACGCACAACUGACCACAGAGAUGCCGUUCCCAGACCCUUGCAAGCUAUACGAUCCAGACGUAAUUGGUGAACUUUCGCCAACACAUAGGAUCUUUAAACCACAUUUUACUUAUCAGCUCUCCCGACUGGGCCCUCCCGAUAUUUGGCAAUAUUUUGAAAUAGUCACAUUUCCCCAGGAUGAUAGCCUCUUCCUCUAUACAUUACAUUCAGUUGAGAUACCUAAAUCUAUCGACGCUUCACGGCAAUUCUGGUGGAUAUUCCUAGAGGUUGACUAA